GUCAGAUAGAAGUCAGAUUCAUUUAUAACCUUUAAAAUAUCAAAUUUAACCAAAAUAUUUGAAUUUGUAGUUUAAAAGUAUAUAAAUAAACUUAAAUACAUUCCUGUUAGUUAAAACUAACUUAAAAAAAUGGUACUAACUAAAGAAUAUCGAAUUUGCAUGCCUAUGACAGUGGAAGAGUACCACAUAGGGCAACUUUAUAUGAUAGCGAGGCAUAGUUUAGAACAAUCCGGGGACGGUGAAGGGGUCGAAGUUGUUGAGAACAGAGAAUGUUUUGAUGAGAAACAUGGUAAGGGUCAGUUUACUGAGAAGAGGAUUCAUCUAUCGAGUCGCCUUCCUUAUUGGAUUCAAUCUAUAUGUCCAAAAAUAUUUUAUGUGACUGAGAAAGCAUGGAAUUUUUAUCCAUUUACCAUAACUGAAUAUACGUGUUCAUUUAUUCCUCGAUUUAACAUAUCAAUUGAGACCAAAUAUGAAGAUAACAAUGGCUGUACAGAAAAUUGUCUUGGUUUAUCAGCAGAACAGUUAGCGGAAAGAGUCGUGGACCAUAUCGAUAUAGCCUACGACGAAGUUUCUGCUAAACAUUACAAAGAAGAGGAAGAUCCGAGGUUUUACCAAUCGAAAAAAACUCACCGAGGGCCUCUAGUGGACGGAUGGAGAAGUAACUGUCAGCCUAUAAUGUGUUCCUACAAAUUAGUACAUGCUUCUUUCGAAGUUUUCGGAUUUCAGACUAAAGUUGAGGAGUUUAUACAUUCGUGCAUACGGGAGGUUCUUUUAUUAGGUCACAGACAAGCUUUCGCUUGGAUAGAUGACUGGAUAGAAAUGACGAUGGAAGAUGUUAGAAAAUACGAAUCUCAGUUACAAAGUGAAACAAAUUCACUUAUUCGGUUGAAGACUCCACCAUCAGGAAGUAACCUGGGUGGACUUAGUGUAGAUACAAACAACUGUUUACCGUUGGGUAACACUCCACCUGAUACACCAAAAUCGCCGAAAUCUCCAGGAAAGAAGGGCUACUUUUCGAACUGGUUCUAAUCGUUCCUACAUUGCUUUCCAGUAAGAUACUUAACAAGUGCAAUAUUUAGUACAUUGUUAAUAAAUUGUGUUGUUAUACAUUUUAUUAUAGAGUUAAU